AUGCCACCUUCGUGGCGUCCUGCCUGCCUGAUGUGGACAGGGCAGUGGUUGCCGCUGAAGAGGAGCGUGGGUGAGAUGAAAUGCGUUUUCACUCGUAGCUGGGAAGUAGGGAGGGAGCUCCGGCAGCGGGUCCGACUUCCAGAGCGCAGCACGGGAGGGUACGGCACGAGUUCGGUGCAGAUUACAUUUGAAGAGAGUCCUCAGUUACCACCAGCUGCAAAUAUAAGUGAUGUGAUGUGCAAGGAGCAGUCAGACCACAGCAUGGUGCUGUCCUGCCGUCUGUCUGCUGAAGCUGUGAAAUUCCCUGUCUCUGUUACUCAGCAGUCCCCAGCUGCUGUUUCUGUGGACACCUAUCAUGUCACUUUGGCUGUGCUGCAGGCUCAGGUGGAGAUCCACUUGGAGGAGAUACAGAACGAAGGUCUCUUGGUGUCAUGGACAUUCAAGGACAGACCAGACUUGAACCUUUUGGUUCUUCCAAGACUUCAGCUUCAUGAGAAGAAUGAAGGGCAAGUGGAUCUGUCCACCAUAGAGGAUCUGAUUGAGGAUACCAUUGUCAGCACGCAGCCAGCCAUGAUGGUGAAUCUGAAGGCCUGCACUGCUGGAGCCGUUGUGGUACCCAGCAGUAAGUUGAUUCGAGAGUCCCGGUCUGGAGUAGGAGCAGCCCCUCUGUGCUCUAAGCUGCUACUUCGGAAUCUUCGAGUGCUGAACUUGGGCUGCCAGGGGAAGGGAGGAGUUGGGGAGAUAAGCUGCAUGGCAGAACUAGACAGCCCCCCCCAGCAGAAGUGGACGAGGCCAGUGACAGCUGUCAGUGCCAGUGCAGCAGCAGAGAUGGAGUGGAAUGAGGAGCUCUUUCUGGAGUUGGGACCAAGAAGUAAAGAGCUGAAGCUACAGGUGCUGCGGAGCUGUGACGGAGGGGGAAAUGUAGUGCUGGCACAUGCCACACUAUUGCUUGAUUCUUUGGGCAAACAACCAUCUGGGAGACAGGUCUGCUCACUGGCCCCAGGAGCUGGGCGGUCACUGGCGGCUGAAGCUACCUUUGAAUUGGAGCUGUUGUUCCAGGAGUCUUCUGCAUCUAUAAAUGCUCAGCAUGCUGCAUCUCUGCGAAGCAGUGUCACCCCCACUAAGAAGGUGGAGAUGGACCGGACCAUCAUGCCUGAUGGCACCAUCGUGACUACUGUCACCACCAUUCAGUCUCGGCCCAAGGCAGACUGCAAACUGGAUUCACCGUCAAGGUCGCCUUCUAAGGUGGAAGUGACUGAAAAGAAGACAACAGUGCUUUUGGAGGGUGGCUGUCCUCGCAGCCCCUUGCCCAUCGGUACCCGGAAUAGCCAUAUGCCCAAUGGCUUGGAUCCAGUGGCUGAGACAGCGAUCAGGCAGCUAACCGAGACGAAUAACAAGCCUGCCAAGAGGACCCCAACAAAACGUAGCACACUGAUCAUCUCGGGAGUUUCCAAGGUACCUGUUGCUCAAGAUGAAAUGGCACUUUCUCUGGGUUAUGCUGCAUCUCUGGAGGCCACAGCGUAUGGGGAUUCUGUGGCAGAAGGCCCAGCCCUCCAGACGCAUGAUUCUAUGGAAUCAUCACAGCUGCUGGAAGUGUCACCGUCGGGACAGAGGGCCAGUCAGGAGCUGGAUGAGACAACACGAUCAGACAUCUCUGAGAGACCAUCAGUCGAAGAUGUUGAAUCUGAAACUGGCUCCACAGGAGCCCUUGAGACCAGGAGCUUGAAAGAUCACAAAGUUAGCUUUCUUCGGAGUGGUACCAAGCUCAUCUUCCGGAGAAGGAGCAAGCAGAAGGAAGCGGGCCUGAGCCAGUCACAUGAUGACCUGUCCAACGUCACUGCCAGCUCUGCCACCAGGAAGAAAGCUGGCAGUUUCUCUCGCCGCCUCAUUAAGCGCUUCUCCUUCAAGUCUAAAUCCAAACCUAAAGCUAGCAAUGGCAAAACAGCAGGUGAGAACUGA